AUGCAAGCUGGCGCACUGCAAGAACUCUUGAGAGAGUGUGAACAAGAAGAAGAAUUACGGAGAAACAGUGUUGGCGAUGACUACGAAGAAGCGUACAGCGAUGAGUGUGAAUAUGAGGAGGCUAUCACUGAAUCACCCAUCGCGGAUGCGAUGCACAGCAAAUCAUACAUCUCUACAGUUUCCGGAAUAUUGCUGCGCCGUCACAUCAGCUCGUCUGCGUUGAAACAACAUCGUAGAAUACAUCAGUCAACAUGUGUGAUUGACAAAGGAUCUGUAGCAAAUACAGUUGGUCGAUCAACAGAACGGGUGUACAUAGGG